GUGGGCUUGAGGUGGCCGGUUUGUAAGGGAGUCGUGUGCGUGCCUUGGUCGCUUCUGUAGCUCCGAGGGCAGGUUGCGGAAGAAAGUCCAGGCGGUCUGUGGCCCAGAGGAAAGGCCUGCAGCAGGACGAGGACCUGAGCCAGGAAUGCAGGAUGGCGGCGGUGAAGAAGGAAGGGGGUGCUCUGAGAAUGCCGGAGGUGGAGGUGAAAACGCAGUGGACUGAGGGCACGUGCGAAUCCUGCCGCAUCCAGCUUCAAAGCGAAGAAGGCUGCGGGACCCCAGCGGAACAAAGAGUUUGGAAGUUGUAAUGUGGUCUGUUUGUAACUCAGCUCAGCCACCUGCUAGUUGUUUGACCUUGGGCAAAUCGUAUGUAUGGAAAAUGCUGAUGUUAAUACUGCCUUACGUGGUUCUGGGGGAAUUCAAAGUAUUUGUUAAGUAACUGCUUCCAAAUAAGCGCUCAACAAAUGGCAGGUGCUAUGCCAAUAGCACAGAGAUCUAAAAGCCUUUAGCCAAUAUCAUAGAGAUCUAAAUUAUGCCAAUAACAUAGAGAUCUAAAAGCCUUUCUCUGCAUGUUUGCGGCUUUUCCUUGUAUUAAAAAAAACUAUAUUGCAGUUCUAGGUUGGAAAUCUGUAUGUGUUUUCACUGUGGUGCCCGCAAUACCUAAAUAAGUGCUAUGUCAUGGGCUCUUUCAUUCAUGUAACAAGUAUUUUUUUGGCUAAGCUCUGAGUGCAGCAAAUAUACAGACACAAAAAUCUCAACCCUCAUGAAGCUUAAGUUCUGGGAUGGGAUGAAGAUGGGGGAGUCAGACAAUAAAGACAAACUGUUAGGUGGAGAUGUGGUCAGUACUAAAAAAAAUAAAGCAAGUGGGUGUAGUGAAUAUUGGGGGUGGGGAUUGGUGCAAUUUUAGCUUAAACACUAGAGCCUCACUGAGGAGAUGUUAUUUUGGUCAAGACUUGAAGGAAUCUCAAAAGCUAGAGGUUCUAUAUCUGAGGGGAGUACAAAGGCUGAGGGUGAGAGCUGGGGGAGGAAGUUGCACCUGGCAUGUCCAAGGCCAUUGUCACUGGAGCAGAAUUAACUAGAAGAGUAAAAGGAUAUUAUGUAAAAAUGGUGAAGAUGCAGAUUGUAAGGACUUAGCUUUUACUCUAGUUGUAAUCAAAAGUCAUUGGAAGGUUUUGAGCAAAGGAAAGACAUAAUCUGACUUGGGUUUAAAUGGGGUCACUUUGGCUGUAGUGUUGAAUACACUAAAGGCAGAAAGGAUGGAAGCAAGGGACACCAGUUAAGAGGUUAUUGAAAUAAUUCAGCUCAAAAGUGAGUUGAGCCAGGUGGAAAACAGUGGAGAUGAUGAUAAGUGGUUGAUUUCUGUAUAUAUUUUGCAGGUAGAACCAGUAGGACUUGCUGACUGACUGAGGGAUAUGAGAAGGGCAUCAAAGUUGGCACUAAGAUUUUUGGCUUGGGUAACUGAAGAAUGGGAUUGCCAUUUAUUUGAGAAAGAGGAAGACUGUGGGAGGAGCAGGUCUGGGAGGAAGUGGGGGCAGUCUUAGCUCAAUUUGGGAUAUUUAACUGAGAUAGUGUAAUUCACUAUUUUUAAGAGCAAGAGAAGAAAGUUCAGAUGAAUUCAACAAACAGGGCAUAAUAGUGUUAUAUCUUGUAUUAGAUCAUGGACAUACAAAAAUAAAUGGCAUAGCCCUUACCUUUACAGAGUUCACACAAUAUAGAGCAGGUCCUGGUAUAACAUCGUUUCGUUAUAAUGUUGAUGAGAAAAAAAAUCAAUUCAUUGCGGGGCUGCUGUGUAUGUGGAGUUUUCAUGUUUUCCGCAUGUCUGCAUGGGUUUCCUUAGGUACUCCAGUUUCCUUCUACAUCCCAAAGAUGUGCCUGUUAAUUGGCGUGUCUAAAUGAUCCCAGUCUGAAUGGGUGUGAAUGUGAGUGCUCCCUGUGAUGGAGUGGUGUCCUGUCCAGGGUUGGUUCCUCUCUGAGUUGCUGAGAUGGGCUCUGGCCACCCUCAACCCCGAACUAGAAUAAGUGAGUUGGAAAAUGAAUGAAGGAAUGAAUACAAAUUACUGUAAAAUAAAAAUCUGUAAAGGCUGGGAGCAGUGGCUCACACCUGUAAUCCCAGCACUUCGGGAGGCUGAGGCAACAGGAUUGCUUGAGCUCAGCGGUUCAAGACCAGCCUGGGCAACAUAGUAAGACCUGUCUCUAUUUAAAAAGUUUAUAUAAAGUGUGUAUGAUAAUCAUACAAAUGCAUGACAAUAAACAAUGCCUUAUGAAAGUGCCCAGCAUGCCCACUAUAAUGUUACUAUUUGUUUUUUGAACUUUGUGGUGGUAGGAGGUACUUCUUGAAAUUUUCACUCUCAAACAUUUAUUCCUUGAGUUAACCCACCAACACUAUGACUGCAGUCAUUCACUGAUUCGCCAACAAUAGGGUAAAUGAUUAUUUUUUGUUUUCAUUAAUUGUUCUUAAGUGUAUGGAUAGCUCACAUUUAUUUCAAUAUUUAGUAUUAAAAAUGUUUGUUUCGAGUCUUUAUUCAGAAGUUUGGUGACGUUUUUGUGACCAGAAAUAUGCCAUAGGAACUUAACUUUUGUUUAUGUCCAUCAGCCUGUGGUAAAAUUAGUUUUGUUACAUGUCAUUUUGAUUAAAGUCAUAGUUUCCAAGAAGCUGUCUCUAACGAGUUUUCAGAGCUCAUCUAGACUGAAGUCCCAUAUAACUUUCACUCUAUUUCAAAGAUAAGUGCCAAUGUGUCUCUCUUUUUGUUUUAAGUCCAGAGGUAAUGUCUCUUAGAAGUAGUCUUCUAUCUAACCGUUGCAGGGCUCUGAAUUGCAGAAUACGUAAUGGGAAUUACCUCCAAAACGUUUUGGGGGUUUUCUCAGUAGGCUUGGUAGAAUUGGGUGUGAGGAUGCAGGGAAUUGUGACUAGUAAACUGUGUUUGUUUGCUUCUGCUUUUAGCUACUUAUAUGUACAAACUUCAGUUUUGAAUCAUCAUUGAAACAUGGGACAUUAGUCUCACCCACACUUUGCUAAUUUUAAUGUUUUUUUUUUGAGACAGGGUCUUGCUCUGUUGCCCAGGCUGCAGUGCAGUGGUGUGAUCAUGGCUCACUGCAGCUUCGACCUCCUGAACCCAAGCAAUGCUCCCACCUCAGUCUUCUAAGUAGCCACGACCACGGGCGUGUACCACCACGCCUGGCUAAUUUUUCACUUUUUGUAGAGAUGGGGGUCUUCCUAUGUUGCCCAGGGUGGUGUUGAACUCCUGGGCUCAAGCACUUCUCCUGCCUCAGCCUCCCAAAGUGGUAGGAUUACAGGCAUGAGCUACCGCAUCCGGCACUAAUUUUAAAUUAAACUAGAUGAUGCAUUCAAUGGUAGGCAUAGAAUUACUUGUUGCCUUUUUGUCUACUUUGCCAAAUUUAUAACACUUUUGUUCCCUUCUUUUCUUUCUGCCUUAAGCCCUAUUCAUUUUUCUUUUUCUUUUUUUUUAAAGAAAGAGGCAGGGUCUUGCUAUGUUGCCCAGGCUGGUAUCAAACUCCUGGCUCAAGAAAUCCUCCCACUUCGGCCUCACAAAGUGGUGGGAUUACAGGUGUGAGCCACUGCACAUGGCCAUGCCCUAUUCUUAUAGUACUGUCUACGAUAUCCUUGCCAAGUUGUCUUCCAUCAGGCAAUACUGUAGCCAUAAACUUGAAAAACAGCUAACAAAGAAGCUUAGGCAUAUAAUAAUAAUAAUAAUUCUGUGUCAGUCCACUAUAUUCAACCCAAGACCAUGAAUAAUCACCUUUCGGAAGACAUUUACAAUAAUCUAGUGCUAUAAUAGUCAAUGUUGGUAUGAGAUUUACAUUUGUUUCCUUCUUCACAGUGAAGCCAUGUCCCUGGAGGGAGAUGAAUGGGAACUGAGUAAAGAAAAUGUACAACCUUUAAGGCAAGGGCGGAUCAUGUCCACGCUUCAGGGAGCACUGGCACAGGAAUCUGCCUGUAACAAUACUCUUCAGCAGCAGAAACGGGCAUUUGAAUAUGAAAUUCGAUUUUACACUGGAAAUGACCCUCUGGAUGUUUGGGAUAGGUAUAUCAGCUGGACAGAGCAGAACUAUCCUCAAGGUGGGAAGGAGAGUAAUAUGUCAACGUUAUUAGAAAGAGCUGUAGAAGCACUACAAGGAGAAAAACGAUAUUAUAGUGAUCCUCGAUUUCUCAAUCUCUGGCUUAAAUUAGGGCGUUUAUGCAAUGAGCCUUUGGAUAUGUACAGUUACUUGCACAACCAAGGGAUUGGUGUUUCACUUGCUCAGUUCUAUAUCUCAUGGGCAGAAGAAUAUGAAGCUAGAGAAAACUUUAGGAAAGCAGAUGCGAUAUUUCAGGAAGGGAUUCAACAGAAGGCUGAACCACUAGAAAGACUACAGUCCCAGCACCGACAAUUCCAAGCUCGAGUGUCUCGGCAAACUCUGUUGGCACUUGAGAAAGAAGAAGAGGAGGAAGUUUUUGAGUCUUCUGUACCACAACGAAGCACACUAGCUGAACUAAAGAGCAAAGGGAAAAAGACAGCAAGAGCUCCAAUCAUCCGUGUAGGAGGUGCUCUCAAGGCUCCAAGCCAGAACAGAGGACUCCAAAAUCCAUUUCCUCAACAGAUGCAAAGUAAUAGUAGAAUUACUGUUUUUGAUGAAAAUGCUGAUGAGGCUUCUACAGCAGAGUUGUCUAAGCCUACAGUCCAGCCAUGGAUAGCACCCCCCAUGCCCAGGGCCAAAGAGAAUGAGCUGCAAGCAGGCCCUUGGAACACAGGCAGGUCCUUGGAACACAGGCCUCGUGGCAAUACAGCUUCACUGAUAGCUGUACCCGCUGUGCUUCCCAGUUUCACUCCAUAUGUGGAAGAGACUGCACAACAGCCAGUUAUGACACCAUGUAAAAUUGAACCUAGUAUAAACCACAUCCUAAGCACCAGAAAGCCUGGAAAGAAAGAAGGAGAUCCUCUACAAAGGGUUCAGAGCCAUCAGCAAGCGUCUGAGGAGAAGAAAGAGAAGAUGAUGUAUUGUAAGGAGAAGAUUUAUGCAGGAGUAGGGGAAUUCUCCUUUGAAGAAAUUCGGGCUGAAGUUUUCCGGAAGAAAUUAAAAGAGCAAAGGGAAGCCGAGCUAUUGACCAGUGCAGAGAAGAGAGCAGAAAUGCAGAAACAGAUUGAAGAGAUGGAGAAGAAGCUAAAAGAAAUCCAGACUACUCAGCAAGAAAGAACAGGUGAUCAGCAAGAAGAGACGAUGCCUACAAAGGAGACAACUAAACUGCAAAUUGCUUCCGAGUCUCAGAAAAUACCAGGAAUGACUCUAUCCAGUUCUGUUUGCCAAGUAAACUGUUGUGCCAGAGAAACUUCACUUGCGGAGAACAUUUGGCAGGAACAACCUCAUUCUAAAGUCUCUCUUUCUCUAGGUCCCAGUGUACCUUUCUCCAUUUUUGAUGAGUUUCUUCUUUCAGAAAAGAAGAAUAAAAGUCCUCCUGCAGAUCCCCCACGAGUUUUAGCUCAACGAAGACCCCUUGCAGUUCUCAAAACCUCAGAAAGCAUCACCUCAAAUGAAGAUGUGUCUCCAGAUGUUUGUGAUGAAUUUACAGGAAUUGAACCCUUGAGCGAGGAUGCCAUUAUCACAGGCUUCAGAAAUGUAACAAUUUGUCCUAACCCAGAAGACACUUGUGACUUUGCCAGAGCAGCUCGUUUUGUAUCCACUCCUUUUCAUGAGAUAAUGUCCUUGAAGGAUCUCCCUUCUGAUCCUGAGAGACUGUUACCGGAAGAGGAUCUAGAUGUAAAGACCUCUGAGGACCAGCAGACAGCUUGUGGCACUAUCUACAGUCAGACUCUCAGCAUCAAGAAGCUGAGCCCAAUUAUUGAAGACAGUCGUGAAGCCACACACUCCUCUGGCUUCUCUGGUUCUUCUGCCUCGGUUGCAAGCACCUCCUCCAUCAAAUGUCUUCAAAUUCCUGAGAAACUAGAACUUACUAAUGAGACUUCAGAAAACCCUACUCAGUCACCAUGGUGUUCACAGUAUCGCAGACAGCUACUGAAGUCCCUACCAGAGUUAAGUGCCUCUGCAGAGUUGUGUAUAGAAGACAGACCAAUGCCUAAGUUGGAAAUUGAGAAGGAAAUUGAAUUAGGUAAUGAGGAUUACUGCAUUAAACGAGAAUACCUAAUAUGUGAAGAUUACAAGUUAUUCUGGGUGGCGCCAAGAAACUCUGCAGAAUUAACAGUAAUAAAGGUAUCUUCUCAACCUGUCCCAUGGGACUUUUAUAUCAACCUCAAGUUAAAGGAACGUUUAAAUGAAGAUUUUGAUCAUUUUUGCAGCUGUUAUCAAUAUCAAGAUGGCUGUAUUGUUUGGCACCAAUAUAUAAACUGCUUCACCCUUCAGGAUCUUCUCCAACACAGUGAAUAUAUUACCCAUGAAAUAACAGUGUUGAUUAUUUAUAACCUUUUGACAAUAGUGGAGAUGCUACACAAAGCAGAAAUAGUCCAUGGUGACUUGAGUCCAAGGUGUCUGAUUCUCAGAAACAGAAUCCACGAUCCCUAUGAUUGUAACAAGAACAAUCAAGCUUUGAAGAUAGUGGACUUUUCCUACAGUGUUGACCUUAGGGUGCAGCUGGAUGUUUUUACCCUCAGCGGCUUUCGGACUGUACAGAUCCUGGAAGGACAAAAGAUCCUGGCUAACUGUUCUUCUCCCUACCAGGUAGACCUGUUUGGUAUAGCAGAUUUAGCGCAUUUACUAUUGUUCAAGGAACACCUACAGGUCUUCUGGGAUGGGUCCUUCUGGAAACUUAGCCAAAAUAUUUCUGAGCUAAAAGAUGGUGAAUUGUGGAAUAAAUUCUUUGUGCGGAUUCUGAAUGCCAAUGAUGAGGCCACAGUGUCUGUUCUUGGGGAGCUUGCAGCAGAAAUGAAUGGGGUUUUUGACACUACAUUCCAAAGUCACCUGAACAAAGCCUUAUGGAAGGUAGGGAAGUUAACUAGUCCUGGGGCUUUGCUCUUUCAGUGAGCUAGGCAAUCAAGUCUCACAGAUUGCUGCCUCAGAGCAAUGGUUGUAUUGUGGAACACUGAAACUGUAUCUGCUGUAAUUUAAUUUAGGACACAUUUAGAUGCACUACCGUUGCUGUUCUACUUUUUGGUACAGGUAUAUUUCGACGUCACUGACAUUUUUUAUACAGUGAUAUACUUACUCAUGGCCUUGUCUAACUUUUGUGAAGAACUAUUUUAUUCUAAACAGACUCAUUACAAAUGGUUACCUUGUUAUUUAACCCAUUUGUCUCUACUUUUCCCUGUACUUUUCCCAUUUGUAAUUUGUAAAAUGUUCUCUUAUGAUCACCAUGUAUUUUGUAAAUAAUAAAAUAGUAUCUGUUAAA